AGGGAGUGUAGUUAAAACAAAACGUAAGAACGGUAAGUUUGAAGUGUGUCCUUUUGCCACAUCAGGGAUUCCUAGGUACUCAAACUAGCAUAUGAUUUUGAGUGUCUGAGAAGUCAGGUUUUAACAGCGGUUGUGUCUUUUAUGUUACAACGGAAGUAAUCACUUUGACUAUGACCCUGAAAAUAAUGAAAAAGUUAACAUACUUUGAAAAAGAAUAACUAGACAUACUUUUCUCACUUGCAGUACCAGAGAUAGAGAGAGCCAGAGUGAAGUGUUGAAGGAGAGACAGAGAGAUGGGUUGGAACCGUGGUUUUGGUAGGGUGAAGGAUGAAAGAAAGAACUUGAGCUUCUUCAAGAUAUUCCAGAGUGCAGAUUUAUUCUCUGAAUCCAUGAGAGCGAUGCCUUACAACUUCAUGAAGAACAUCUCUAAGGAAGACUUCUCCUACAAGAUGGUGAUAAGAGCGCAGUGGGGAAGCUCAUGGGAAGUGGACAUCUCCAUGAACCCUAGGUUCUACUACAUGGAGAAGUCCGGAUGGAACCAGUUUGUAACCGACAACGCUUUGGGAGAAAACGAGUUUGUGACAUUCACUCACAAAGGUCUUAUGCGCUUCAAUGUCAACAUCUAUGGGAAGAAUGGCAAGGAGAUUGUCACACCUCGCAAACCCCACACAACGACUCCAUUUAGUGGGAUCAAGAAAGAAGAAGAUGUGAAGAAGGAAGAUGAGUCCAUGGGAGUAGAAGUUGAGAUCGAAGUGGAAAAGAAGAAGAGAGCUGUGGAGGUUGGUGAAUCUUCCAGAGGAGCUGCGCUCAAGAAGAAGAAAGCUGAGAAGCCUAAACCAUCCAAGAAGAAGAAGAAGAUGAAGAGAAACAAAGUCAAGAACGGUGUUCCAGAAUUCAAAAUCACCAUAACGAACUCAUACCUCAAGUUCCUGGCAAUCCCAAAGAAGUUUGAGGAGGCGUACAUCCCUGAUGAGUCUAAGGUGUACAUGAUACAUCACUCUGAAGGGAAAGGUUCCUGGGAGGUUCUUUGCUUGGUGAGGGAGACUAGGACAAUCUUCUCAAGUGGGUGGUGUAGACUGGCAAGAGAGUAUCCUUUAGCGGCUGGUGAUAGGUGUACCUUCCACCUCGUUAAACCUGAUGAGUUUGUCCUCACCACCAAGAAGGCCAGAGAGGAGAUCACUGUGAUCGAGUGAUGAAACUGAAUGUUUAAGUGUCUUUUCAGCUUUCUUAUAUCUAUGGAGACAAUAGAAGAAUAUCGCGUUUGGUUUAUGUGUUGUGUUUCUGAGUUUGUAAUUGUUUAUGUUCCCCUGACUUUAUCUUGCUUUUAUCUGCUUAUGAAGUUAGUCUUGAGACUUUAAAUUUUUUUAAUCUGUUUAUGAGUUUAGGCUUGAGGUUAAUGAUCAAAGUAGGUAGUAAAAACCAUUGACAUGAUUAAAAAGAGUUAAUCAAUUAGUCCAAAACUCAAAAACAGUAUGUUUUAUUAGGUAUAAAGAUGCACAGCAGAAACAACAUACAAAGUCACACAAGAGUUAGUUAG